AUGGGCACCUUAAGCCACAUUUACAAGAAGAAACUUACUGAAAGUGAUGCUGGAUACUACACCUGCACGUACUCCUUUUGGAAUGGAACGUUUGGAAUAGAACGAGUAUACAACAUGUCUGCAACAGUACAGCUGACAGUGAAUGAUGCCAUACCUGUGCUCGAUCCUCAGAUUAUACAACCUAGAGACAAUGAAUCCAUUGCGGUGGAUGUGGGGAAAGUGGCUGUGAUCACGUGCACAGCGGUCUUGCACAAUGAUCCUGAGUUUGAAGCCCUGUUCUGGCUGAAUGGAACCUCCUUUGUGGAUGAGGAUAGCAACAGCGAUGUCUUUUACAACAGCACCACUGAACGACAGGGGGAAAGGGAAUGGCACAUCAGCGCAUCGCUCGUGUUCAAAAAUGUGUCCCAGGAACACCUCAACAGGAAGUACACCUGCAAAUUAGAAUCAACCGUCCAAAAGUUAAUCAAUGUGUCCAUUAUCCUGGUAAAGAAAGAAUGCCCGGGCGCUAUCCGAUCUUACUUCCUAUGGUUGGGAAUUGUGGGAGUUUUUGUUCUCACGGCUUCAGUGGUUAUUGUGAUCUACGUGAAGCUGAAAAUAGACAUUGUGCUGUUCAUCCGGGACCUGAGGGGUGGUCCCUCCUCUGUCUCAGAUGGAAAAGAGUAUGACGCCUACAUCAUGUGCUACAAGACAAGCAGUGAGGAAGCUUUGCCAGAGGAGGACAGGAGGCUGAUUCAUGAAGUCCUGGAGACAACUUAUGGCUACCAGCUGUGUAUUUUUGACCGCGAUGUUCUUCCGGGUGCAGCGGUGGCCGAUGCGGUGCUGGAGAACAUUGGGAGGAGCCGGAGGCUGGUUCUGGUGCCCAGCACUCUGGACCAGGAACAGGAGGGCCAGUACGGGUUGAUGAGCGGCCUGCACGCGGCGCUAGUGGACCGGCGGACCCAGCUGAUCCUGAUCGAGAGGGCGCCGCGCGGUCAGCUGGACUCCCUGCCUGAGUCGCUGCGGCUCCUGGCCCGGUCCAGCGGCACGGUCACCUGGAGGGACACCCGCUCCGCCCACCUCUCCUCCGCCUUCUGGAAGAAGCUGCGCUACCACAUGCCCGCCAGGAGGAGCCCCCAGCACAGGUCAAAUGAAAUGACAAUACUGUGAAGGAGAUGGAUGGAAAAGAAAUACUCUACCGGAGCAAAGGGGCAGGAGGACAUAGCAACAUGCAGAAUGAGGACAGGAGCAGAUAGCAGUGCUGUGAA